AUGGCUGAGCAGGAGCAAAGGUCAAAGCGGAAAAUGGGACCAACAGAGGAUUCCAAAAAACCCGCUACGAAACUGCCACAAUAUUUUGUGGAUUUUGCCAGCCAUAGCAAUGUCUACAACAUCAAGUAUAGAAACAGGCUGGCGGUGGACACCACUAAAUACUUGAACAUCCAGUCCGACGAGUGGCGCACUAAGACGGGUAAACUGGUGCGCAAGUUCCAGAAGAGCGCUCUCGACCUCGCGUACAUUCACCACCAUCAGAAAGCAAUGUUCACUGCUAUUAUUGUAAUACUGAAGAAGCUGUUGGACGUUGCACAAGCAAUGGAAAAAAUUAAGGAACACUGCCUCUCCCUGAUAAACGGCUUUGAACAUCUCAAAUCAAAGCUAAACAUUGAGAAGAUGACCAUUGCCCAGGAAGCGUUUCUUCCCAUUGUCCAAGAAAUUUCCACUGUUAGCACUCUCAUCGCUGACCGAUACCUGACCCAGUCUGAGAACGGACGUGAUGUCACCGCUGCUUUGAACAAACUGGAUAUUGCCAUAAACCUGGCUAAGAACGCGCUGCAUGGUGACCAUCCGGAAGUCCGUGAUGACCCGCGCGUGGAUGACGUGGGAGAAAGCGAUUCGGAAAUGAGCACCUCGGACGAUGACUAA